UAUGGCAUAUGGCGCUAUAUUCGUUAGAGAAUAUUUACAGUAUAAUUAUCAACACAAAACAAGUAAUCUUUGACAAAAAUGACUAGUUUGAUUAACAAAAUCGAAUUGCUAAUUAAAAGGGAAAAAACUACACCGGAAAAAAAGAAAGAUGACUCAAAAAAAUCUUCGCAUGAAAUCCUCUCUGAGCUAUUCAGCGCCUUCAAUGCUGACCCACCUAAAAUCGAGGAGGUGCCUUCAAAGAAAAAGAAAACCAAAAAGAAACACAAGAAAAAAGACAAGAAACGAUCCCACAGGAAUACCAAAAGCGAUGACUCUGAUAAUAGUGAAAUUUCAUCAAACAAAGCUAAAAAACGGAAAAAGAGUAAAUUGAAAAAACGUAGAUACAGUCGAUCGCCUUCACUUCGUUCUCUGACUCCGCCAAAAAAAAUUAAAUGUGAAUCGGACGGGCUAAAAUCGAAGAAAACAGAUAAAUCUACAAAGAAAAAAUAUGCAAAUGAAAAUAUUAAAAUUGAAUCUGUAGAAAAUGAGAAACCAUUACCCAUAAAAUCUGAAGUCCCAAGUGAUACGAAUAUAUUGAAUUCAAUGGAUGCAAGCAGAAUCCCUAUGCCCGAAUCUCCUCAUGGCUCUAAACUUGUCAGCACUGAUCUCACAUUAAAUCAGAACCAAAAUCAAGAGCCGACCAACAAACAGGAUUCGAGUACUGAAUCAGACAAAAAUAAAGGUAAAAUUCAAAUAAAAAAUCUGAAGUUUAGUGCUGUGUUUGAAGAAACUGUUAAAAAAGCUGAAGAACAAGCCAGGAAAAAAGCUGAAAAAUAUGAGGAUGGUGAAUAUACUGACUCCUCAAGUAGUUCAGUCAAAGAAGUGGAGCUGAAUCCCCAAUUUCCGAAAACAUCAGAUCCUGGUGGUAUUUUAAAACAGCAAAUUGUGGAAGAUAAUAAAAUCUGUGAAGAAGAAAAGAAAAGUCAGAAAAAAGAAAAAUCUGAAAUUUCAAAUAAAAAAUCACAUAAAGACAAAAGUCGUUCUAAAAGAUCUCCUAGUAAAUCUAGACGAUCCAGAUCCAGAUCACGAUCUACUUCACGCAGACAUAGACAUCGUUCUACUAGCCGUUCGCGGCAUAGAUCCAGGUCAAAACGAAGAUCGCGGUCUCGACACAGGUCUAGACAUUAUUCUCCGAGACAGCGAAGUAGACGAUCUGGGACAAGUCGAUCACCAACUGGGGUAAAAUUAGCUGACAGUGAAAAAAAACGACUUCUUGAAGUAGCAAGGCGAAAUGCUAUCAAUAUGCUCAAAAAUGGUGCGGUGCCUGCUGGGGCGGCUGCACUGCCUCCACAUACCAGAAACCAAGUUAUGGCUGCUAUACAAUCUGGAGGUAAAUCAGUGGAUGAACUAACAGAUUUCUGCAAACACUUAUCAAAAAAGGAAGCACUAGGGGAGCUAUCUUCUGUCUCAUCAAACGAUGAUGACAUGAGUGAGAAUGAAGACACACUUGCUUUCCAUCAUCCAUUUCUUGUUAAAGAAAAGGCUCCUAUUGUCAUGAAUAUUAGGGGAGGAGCGCCCCUUCCAAUAAAAAACAGCAUUGUUCCAGUAGCCAAUAAAGAGGAACUAAGAUUACAGUUCCCUGUAUCUUCAGGAACUCAGCACAGAGAAAAAGCAUUAGAAUGGGUUCCAGUUUCACCUCCAAAAAAAGAUAUGCAAAUAGCCAAACUUAGUCCCAUUUCUGAAAACACGUUAACCAAAGCGAUACUACCAAGUACAGUGCCCACUGAGGAUGUUGCGAUGACGAGCUCUGUACCUCUGGCACUCCCAGCCCCUCCCCAACCGUUAGUUCAACCAAGUUACAUGAAGGGUUUCACAUCAGGAACGCAAUUAUCAUCGGUUCCCGCUUUAGCAGCCCCGGGACCACAAGCUUAUCCGCCAGGAAUAGAGCCCGCUCCCAUCGACAUGGCAUUGAUUGUAUCACAGAAAUUGUCAAUGAUUCGUAAGGAACAAGAAGAAAGCGAAUUGUUGAGUACUCAUGGCUUUGGCUGGUCAAAGGACAGUGCGCUAGGUCAGUUCACUGGAUCGACAGGAGCACAGAUCUUAACCCCAAAGGAACUGGCCAGCGGUACGCAGGCUUGGGCUAAAAAGGAUCAACUACAACGUGCAGCUCCUGUUGAGGGAGGAAUGGGUAUGCAUCUGCUGCAGAAGAUGGGUUGGACCCCGGGUCGAGGUCUCGGGAAGGAAGGCACCGGGACCCUACAGCCGCUACUGCUCGAGGUCAAGCUGGACACGAAGGGUCUGCAAGCCAAAGAAGAAUACAACAAUAAAUACAGUAAAGCUAUUAAACAACACAGAAUCAGGAGUCGGGGUCCAGCGCCACUGAUUGGGGCAGGCGGUAAACAUCCCGUCUCGCUGCUGGGAGAGUAUUGUUCGAAACAGAAACUCGGACCGCCAGAAUAUAAUUUGUGUUUCGAAUGUGGUCCCGAUCAUAAAAAAAACUUUUUGUUUAAGCACAGAAAUAGAAAGUGUGGAAUGCCCGCGUUAUAUCGGGGAAUAUCCGUGCUAUACGAGGUACUUUAAUCGCGUAAUAAGAAAAUGCGUUAUAAGAGUACCGUGCUAUAAGGGGUAUAGCACGGUACUCUUAUAACGCGUUUUCUUAUUACUGUAUAUGCAAGCUUAUCUUGAAAAUGUCGUGAGCGAGAUUCAGGCAUCUGUUAAAUACAUAUCUUGUGUUUAUUUCCUCGCUAAGUAUCAACGUGUGAGGAAAUGAAGUAAAUCCAAUGGCAAUCCUGUGAUAUCUAGAGGUGUUUUCUUUGCCAAUAUACAGCCGUACUGAUGAUACGUUAUUAACAAAACCCAUAGACAGGCCACAACAUGAAAACUAUUGCAUACCUUGUAACAUUUUAAUUAGCGUAAAAAUUUAUUUAGCGCCAUUUUAAUUUGAAAAUCGAUAAAAUGAAAAAAACAAACAUAUAAAUCAAUAUUAUUUUGACUGCGAGAGAAUGAGCUAAAAUACUUCUGAAAGUUUCACUUUCUUGCAUAUCAACUGCACCAUUAUUUUUAGCCUCAAUAAUCCGAUGAGCUUGCAGCCUUCCCGAUGGCAAGUCGCUGCUGUCCAUGGACACCGGCAAUGCUAGAGCACAUUCGCGCCGGUACCUACCAAUGUUAAAUACUCUCUUACGCAUCGUUUGAAUGACAUGCUGUAUAAUGCUACAGGAAAAGAGGGAGUUAUUAUAUGAAAAUAAUAAUUUUACAUCACAAAAAAAAAAAAAUUGUUCUUAUAAUAAAUAGAAUUCUUCACAAAUUGUCGUAAAUGAAUAAUUGAU